AUGAAAGAGAAACAUAUAGAAAAGCAUCCGAGUAAGAAUAGCGAUGGUGAUGCCAAAGUUGCUGGCAAAGGUGAAAAAUACGACGCUACAAAUGGCAAGCAGGUAAAUGGCCCUACAAAACAGUCAAGUAGCUAUGAUUUUAUUCAGCGUACUAUUUGGACGCUUAUAAUGAUUUGUGGGUUUUUUAUUAUUCUAGCCUCGGGACACUUUUGGUCUGUUUUAUUAAUUCUGGGUUGCCAAAUAGCUACAUUCAGAGAGUGUAUCGCUGUGACAGGGCAAUCGGGUAAGGAAAAGAAUUUGCCCUUGGUUCAGACUUUGAAUUGGUAUUUGUUAUUUACAACCAUUUACUAUUUGGACGGCAGGUCGUUUUUUAAAUUUUACAAGGACUAUUUCAUAAACUAUCGAAUUUUAAGUUUUAUUGCCGCCAACCAUAAGUUUAUCUGCUAUUGCUUGUUCCUGCUGGGGUUUAUUAUAUUUGUCUGCAGCUUGAGGAAAGGUUUUUUAAAGUUCCAGUUUGCAUCUCUAUGUAUUACUCAUAUGGUGUUGCUGCUUGUUGUGUUCCAGGCACACUUGAUUAUUAACAAUGUUUUACACGGAUUAAUAUGGUUUUUACUUCCUUGCGGGCUGGUCAUUGUCAAUGAUAUUUUUGCAUACUUAUGUGGAAUCACCUUUGGCCGUACCAAGUUGAUUGCUAUCUCCCCCAAGAAAACUUUGGAGGGUUUCCUCGGAGCGUGGUUCUUCACCGCUGUUACAUCUAUUCUUUUGACUAGGCUAUUGACACCAUAUUCUUAUAUGACUUGUCCCGUCGAAGAUAUUCAUACAAACAUCUUGACUCCUCUAUCAUGUGAAGUUAACCCAGUAUUUAUUCCACAGGUAUACAGGUUACCACCAUUUGUGUUCGAGCGCUUUGGUAUUUCAUCGGUAACAAUUAUGCCUAUCUAUUUGCAUGCCCUUAACUUAGCCACCUUUGCAUCACUGUUUGCUCCCUUUGGUGGAUUCUUUGCAUCCGGCUUGAAGAGGACCUUCAAGGUUAAAGAUUUCGGCCACUCAAUUCCAGGCCAUGGAGGCAUAACUGACAGAGUCGACUGUCAAUUUAUGAUGGGCUCUUUUAUGAACCUUUACUACGAAACCUUCAUCAGUGAAAAAAGGACAACUGUAGAGACUGUUUUAGCGACUAUUUUGAUGAACUUCGAUGAGCGCCAAAUUCUACAGCUGAUUCAAGCCUUGAACAAUAUUUUGCUCAAUACUGGCAGAAUUUCUGUAGGUGUCCAUGAAAAACUAAACAGCUUCUACGAUAUCUGA